GUCUCAACUUCUUCCCUGCGACGUCGGUGCUCACCGAGUCAUUAUAGGUGUUGACCGCGAGUCCAGCCUUGUCACGUUCAUUCAACUCCACAUGCAUCUUCAGCCCAAAAAUUGACCACGCAGUACGCCUCAGAUUCUUUUCCUGCCUUUUGUCGAAUCGCUGCGCCCCCCGUCCACACCGUCCUUUCAGUCGCUCCUUCCUCCCCCAGCUCCUUCCCUCUUAUGGCCAAAUCUCUUCUUGGGUCAGCCUUGCGCAGAGCCUCAUGCGUUAGGCGUCAAUCUUUUCGACCAUCCCUCGCUGUCCAUCCAACCCCGUCCCCUAUACAGAUCUCGUUCGCCCAAAUCGCAGGGCGGUCAAUAGUACCAGGCAGACAUCAUUCUUCCGACACCUCCGCUCCAGUUCCCCUAGCCUCUUCUGUCUCCGCCUCCGAGGUUUCGCAUUUCUCCAAGCUAGCGUCAACAUGGUGGGACCCCCAUGGUCCAUCGAGGCUUCUGCAUCUUAUGAACCCCCUGCGACAUGACUUCAUCCGACUCUGCUUAGCCUCCUCCCAAUCCCCUCCCCCACAAGGUCUCUCGUAUCUCGACAUUGGCUGUGGGGGAGGCAUCUUUGCAUCCUCGGCCGCCCGACUUCCCAACACUACCACUGUCACAGCCAUAGACCCAACGGAACUCGUUAUUAAAGUGGCCCAAUCUCACCAACGCUCUGAUCCUAGUAUUUCCCCUCCGAAGCUUCGAUACCUCAAUUGCGCCGUGGAAGACCUGCCUGUGCCCGAGAGUGACACCGAAAAGGUCGACAUCCUGACCGUAUUCGAGGUCCUAGAGCAUAUCGACAACCCCAGCGCUUUUCUUGAUGUUGCUACCCAACACCUUAAACCUGGCGGCUGGAUUAUCGGAUCUACCAUUUCACGAUCCCCCAUGUCCUACCUUACCACCAAGUUGAUUGCAGAGGCCCCAAUCAUAGGCAUUGUUCCGCAGGGGACCCAUGACUGGAAUAAGUACAUCUUCCCAAAAGAAAUGAGCCAAUACUUUGAAUCGAAAGGCCAGGAUGCCUUUGGAGAAUUCAAGACGCAAGGAGUCAUAUACAUCCCUGCACUGGGCUGGAAGGUCAUCAACAACAGUCAGGAUCUUGGAAAUUACUUUUUCGGUGCUCAGAAGCUAAGCUGAAAUGUCGGUGUACAAACUUGUCACAUCAACUCCGUCGCUGCUGUGUUGACAGGCCCUCCCGGGCUUGCAUCAUCAUGAAGGAAGCCUAGUCGCAGAGUCUUCUGGCUUGUCGAUACUUCCGAGCCUUGGUGACCAUCAACCGCACCACGCUAGCAAAUUAACCAGACGGACAGGCAUUCCGCUUGGUCCAAAUGAUCGAGUUAUGCAGGCACUGCAGGACAAUGUGUUUCCCACCCACGGGGACACAUCGGUCCGCCUCCUCUUCCACUUCCCCAGGCAGACCCACCCCCACAUUUCAUCUGCAAGGUGUGAAGACAAGGAUGACAGGCCCUUGGACUUUGGUCAGGCCCUCGAGAACAUCCAUGGAUGGGAUGCAUGCAAAUGCAUCCAUACCCGACCAUGUUCCCUCUUUGAGAUAGACGUCACACGAUCAGGGUAGUCUGCCAAACAGGCUCACCCACGUCUACCCCAGGUUGUGUAGAAAGGACGCACCCAUGUACAAUAAAAAGAACAUUAUGCCCAAAGCAUAAGAUUGUCAUCCUCGCUCGUUUAUCCAACUAACCGAAUAAACAUGAUCUUCCCUCGUAUCAACAUACCAUCUUCAACCAUUGGUCGUCAAUCAAUCUGCAGAAGAAAGUUCCGCAGCCUCGGCCUGUGCAUGCAAAGUGACGUUUUCGAACAACGACAAAAACGAAUCGACGUGGAGAUGCAUAAUGGAAAUGCAUGGCUACCGCUUGUACAUCCGGACCAACGACCUAUUUCGAUCUUUUGACAUGGUGAAGUACUAGAUCCUGGAACGUGGGGUGAACAAGUGACGAUGCAAGUUUUACAGGCAUGGCAGGUCAAGGUUCUUUGUAAAACCCCAACAUCGAACCAACUAACAAACAAGAGCUUCUGGUCCGAUCAAUGGAAAACGUGCUUCCAUAUUUCUCUGUGUUUGGAUAGAUUAUCCUUCACUUUUUGGACCCCUCGACCAUGAUUAAUGUGACUCAAGACCUCAUGGCGCAGGAGAGUCAGACAGUCAUCUUUGGGUAAUGGAUAUUAUUGGUGGUUUGAUGAGUUGACAUUUUGUGUAUUCUCUCCAUCUUUCAUCGCUCAUCGACUUGUGUCACGUUGGAUCAUUGGGAUAAUGUACCAACAUACAUGAGGUAGGUAGGCACGUAGGUAGUCAGUCUCAUGGACAAGGUGAUAAACUCCGUUUGGGUUUAAUGGCUCUAGGGGAUUUCGCAUGGUCAUGAUUAAUGUAUUUGGUAGGUAAUGAAUAUGUACCUGUCCUUCAUUUUGUCCAAUGGGGUAUCAUUAUUAUUAUC